AUGGCCCUCUUCCAGGAAGUUGACUCCGUGGCGUUGAUCGUCUACGUAGCCUUCUUCAUCUUCCGGUAUCUCCGCACAGUCGUCGGCAUCUACACCUGGCUCACGUACAAGGCGGUGCCAAUCCUGGAGAAGCCGACGUUCACCGCCGCAGACGUCUCAGUCGUCUGCCCGACCACCUUCAAGACGCCGGAUGAGUUGAUCAGUUGUCUCAAGAACAUCGCCAAGUGCAUGCCGUCCGUCAUCUACGUCGUCACCUCCCACGCCAACGUCGGUCCCGCAAAGAACUGCCUCGACGCCAAUGGGCUCACGCUCGUCCAGGUUCUGGGUGUCGAUAAGCUCAACAAACGGGUUCAAAUGCUCAAGGCCCUUGAAGUAGUUGAUACUCCGAUCACCGUCUUUGCUGACGACGACGUCCAAUGGCCAUCCCACCUCUUCCUGGACUACCUCCUUGCCCCCUUCGAAGACCCCAACGUCGGCGCUGGCGGUACCAGGCAGCGUGUCAUCCGUCGCAGCGGGAACAUGUGGAACUGGCUCGGCAUUGGGUACCUCGAGCGACGCAAUUGGAACAAUAUCUGCGCCAACGCCAUCGACGGUUCCAUCUCGACCCUCUCCGGACGCACUGCUGCUUAUCGUUCCGAGAUCCUCCAGACCGACGAAUUCCGCUGGUACUUCCAGAACGACAGCUGGAGGGGCAGGCCGCUCAACUCUGACGACGACAAGUGCCUUACUCGCUAUGUCUACUCGCACGGAUGGUCCAUCAAGAUCCAGAGCGAUUCGCAUGCCAUCCUGGAGACCACGCUCGAAGAGGACUCCAAGUUCAUCGAUCAGUGCAUGCGCUGGGCUCGUGCUCACUGGCGUGGCAACUUUACCGUCAUGGAGAACGAGAAGUACUGGAAGUCGUCCCGGUACGCCUGGGGUUUCUACGCUAUCUAUCUUGCGCAGUUCACCACCCCGGCUCUCCUCAUGGACCUAUUCCAGUUCCUGCUUCUCCAGUUCGCCUUCGGAUCAUGCAGCCAGUCCAGGAACAUUGCCUUUGCCGUUCUUCUCGUCUGGAUCGCGUUCACUAAGAACGUGAAGCUGAUUCCUCAUCUACUCCGCAGUCCGUCCGACAUCAAGUUCAUCCCGGUCUCGAUGGCGUUCAGCUACCUCCACGGCUUCCUGAACGUGUACGCUGCGUUCACCCUCACACACACCGCAUGGGGCGGCAAGGACCUGAAGGCACUGGAGACGGCGAAGGCACCCGAGGUUGCGAAGGUUCGGACGGACGAGACUGAGCCGUUGCUGCUGCAGGCGAGGAGGCUGAGCAAGACUGCGUUCGUAUCUUCCCGUGAUCCUACUCCCGAGCGCCAGCGUGAAGUCACUAACAGGGCAUAG